GUAACGUCUAGGCUAAUUGCAGUGUCUCCUUCGGUUGUAGAUGCAAAAAAUAAACAGUAAUUUUUAACAUCAUUACAGGCAACAAUUAAGGGCAAUGAGUUUUGACGAUUCCAUUCUGGCAAACAUAAAGACGCAACAAGAUUCUGACGAAGAUGAAGAUUGCGCUACUGAAACAUUCAUGGAGGUUUUAGAUGGUUUUGUGUGUGGAGACCGAUCGAUGGACCCUCUUCUUGGCAAUGAAGAUGAAAAGAGCGAAAAGAAGGAAUUUAACUGGAUGUGCUCGGGAGGUGACUUUUUAAAACCAUACAUUGAUGAGCAGGACAUUAUCGAGUGCAGUAAAAGUAAAGUUCCUCGAGUGGAAUUGCGAGGAUCGAAUGGUAUGGUUUGGAGUAAGGUCCCUCCUACACCACCAAUAGCCGACGAUUUGCCGGACAAUCCUUCAUGUGGAAAAGGGCCAGCUAAGAAUGUUUCUAAUCCACUUGAAGCGUGGCACUUGUUUAUUGAUGGUCCAAUGCUCAACCAAUUGGUAAAGAGUACAAAUGAAAUGAUAAAAGCAGUCCGAAAAAAAGAGUCACACCAAAAACGUUUAACAGACAUGACUGAAAUGAGAGCUUGGCUUGGUCUAAACUAUUUAUGCGGAGUUCUGAGAAAUUCAGCACAUCCUGGACCGACAGAAGAACUGUGGACUUUGGAGCUUGGAAAUGCUAUAUUCAGAGCAACCAUGUCGUAUAAACGUUUCGAAUAUUUGGGUGAAUGUGUGCGUUCUGUUGAGCAGAAUGAUGGAGAUGCAUACCAUCCAUUAGAUGAUAUUGGAGACUUUUGGGAGAAAUUGGUUAUUAACUGCCGAUCAUAUUAUUCACCCAGUGAUUUCAGCAUGAUCGACGAAUAUAUAUUAGAUUUAAGUAUGGACCCACAAAGUCCUUUCGAUCAUACCAUACCAGCAUGUCCCGGAUGCCGUGGCAUACGCUUUGUAACAAUGUGCGAUGCAAAAACUUCAUAUAUUUGUAAUGCCAUUGUUGCAAGUCAUCAAGAUCCUUUGGAUGAAGAAGUAUACCAAUUGGUGAGUGACAUCAAAAGCUCGCGGCGAUGCAUCUGUUUGAAUGAGCGCUACAGCUCAAUUGGUUUAAUGCAAAAAUUAAAGCAAUGCCAAUUGCAAGUUGUUGGUUCUUUGGCAAACACAGCGAACGAAAUUCCUACGGAAAUUUACAAUCAGUUAACAAACCAACAAGUUUGGUACAGUAAAAAUGAUACCACAUUGAUCGGAGGCUUAGAUCCAUCUGUUUCACCUACGACAUGUUUACUGACGAAUGGCCUUUCAACGCGUAUUAAUGCUGCGAAGCUUUUUGAGACAGUAAAGGGCUGUAAUGCCAAAGCAUAUGAACAGUUCCGCAGAUUUUCAACUAGACAUGCACGCUCAAGAUAUAGAUACAUUUGGUCAUUGGAAUUUUUUUAUUUCAUUCUGGACAUAAGCGCAUUUAAUUCCUGGAUAGUUUACCGCUUGUCUGAGAAAGGUGAUGCUGAUAUAGAACAACGGGAUUUUCAACGACAACUAGGUUUAUAUCUGACUCAACAACAACUAAAGCAAAGAAUCCAUAUGAACAUUAAACUUCCCCUUCCACUUAAGUUACAAAUAGCUGAGGUUUUAGGCGAAAAUGUGGAAUCUCUUCUUAGCAGUGCAUCUAAGGUUUCCAUUGAAACCAGCAAACUAACUGGUUCAAUUCCAAAUGAAAAGGCGCUAAUACCAGAGGGCAUUACACUACAAACCCGUGAAAACGAGAAUCGAAAGAGAUGCAGGGGUUGCAAAUCACGAAAUGGUUCGAAAAUCAAAACGAGAUGCCAGCAAUGUCUUCUUCCAUACUGUAUGAGACACAUGAUUACCAGAUGCGGAGCGUGUACAGGCUAUGAAUUGAAACAAACAGAUGACUUAAGUAAAAGUGAAGAAGAACUGGCUGGAGACUUAGACGCAUCAUUAGAUUAAUAAGUUUCGUAAUCAAAAUUGAACUAUCAUAAAAAACUAUUCGUAAAAAGAAAAAAUUGAAAAGAAAAAAGAGUAUGUUUUUGCAAUUGU